AAGUUUUUAAGUCAGCCCGUGAGGCAAACAUUGUAUGUAAUAAAAAUUAAUCCUUAAAAAUUCCUAGGAAGGUGCAACGCUUGAGAUUAGCAUCCUGUUUCUGACUACAUCCUGGACGGGUUUUCCUUCAGUUUUGAAACUUGUUACUGUUACUUUGGUUGUAACCCAGAUAAGUAAUUAGAUUACCUUUAGGGGCUGUGUUGUGCAAAUAAGCAUAUUUGAAAGCCAUAGAGUUGUGAUGCGCUGUGAGAUGCUUGCCCUGAGGAGGCUUAAAAGGAGGAAGACAAACCCCUAUCUUAGGCUCAUUUUGGAGCAUGUGCUUACAAAGUGGAAAGUGGCAGGCAGAAUUGCUGGUAUGAUGAUGAUGAUGAUGAUUUUUUUGAGACGUGCUCUUGCUCAGUCGCUGAGGCUGGAAUGCAGUGGCGUAAUCACAGCUCACUGCUGCAGCCUUGACUUCCUGGGGCUCAAGUGAUCCUCCCAGCUCAGUCUCCUGAGUAGCUGGGACUGCAGGCACACACUACCAUGCCUGGCUAAGUUUUUGUACUUUUUGUAGAGACGGGGUCUCACUUUGUUGCCCAGGCUGGUCUCGAACUCCUGGCUCAAGUGAUUCUGCAGCCUCAGCCUCUCAAAAGUGCUGGGAUUACAGGUGUGAGCCACUGCCCUUAUCCUGCUGGUAUUUAAGUUGCUGUUUUAUUUUAUUUUUUGGCCAGCAUAUGCAGUAAUUUGACUUGCUAAAUUAAAUGUGCAUAGUGCGAUUCCUCUUUAAUUUUUGAGUGGCACUACAUUCAGGGGCUUGCAAGCUAUUGUUUACUUCCCCACAGAUCCUAGCUAACUUUGGAGCAAAAAUGGCUUACAUAUUUUUGCCAACUGUCUGGCUUUGGCAGUCCCCAUAUAUAUGCCAGAUAUGUAUAACAGUGGUUAGCUUUUUAAAAACCAAUUCUCUUUUAAAUGGAAGUUAAAGGCGUCUUUUGGUUGUGUGGGGUUUUUUGUUGUUGUUGUUGUUGCUUUUGCUUUUAUGGAAACAUCUCUCAAAAACUCAGGAGUGAUACACCCACUUGCUCCAAAGUAGUUAUGGUUAUGUUUGAAAUGACACCAAAAAUGAAGGGUAUUAUUUCAGUUAGGGAAAUAAGGAAGUACCACCGAUUUAACAUUAUAUGGGUAUAGAAAAUGGUUUUAAGGCCUUUUGCAGGGGAGAAAUCUUAAGCAAGUUUAGGAAUCUAAAAUUCUGAGUCGAAACAUUUUCUGAAUUAUGGUCAGAUAGUGUAAUUUACUCCACAUUCAUUCUGAACUUCUCUCUUUUCCCGAUCUUUAUUGUUCUUCUGCAAGCCUGUAAUAGAACAAAAACAAGAGAAGAAAUUUAUUCUGGCUUUAAGAAGUUUCUACUAUGUUUUUUGGGGGAGAUACCACAUAGUCUACUUAAGUUUAAUUACUGUAAUUACAGAGAAAAAUCUGUGGAAGUAUAGGAUACCUUGAAUAAAUGGAAUCUUCAAGGUUUGCUGGCAAACCAACAGUUUGAUUUCUCAGAAGUUUCUUAGAGAAAUGAUGCCAGUUUUGUUUUGCUCCAGAUUCUCGUUGUUGCAUCUGCCAAUCUUGAAAAUAGGAAGCAAAGAUUUUCCUUGCUCUGUCCCUUGGGAACCACUUACGUUCGUUUUACUGUUUCUAGGAAAUUUUCUUUAAAUAUAUACAUUAGAGCCCACUAUUGUGUUGUGGAUCCAUGCAGUGGGCUUGCCUUAGAAAUCAGACCAAACAUUGUCUGGCUUGCACUGUAAAACUAGUUAGCUGAAGACGACUUCUCAGGUUUCUUCAGGAUGCCUGCAGCACUUGUGGAGAAUAGCCAGGUUAUCUGUGAAGUGUGGGCCAGUAAUCUAGAAGAAGAGAUGAGGAAGAUCCGAGAAAUCGUGCUCAGUUACAGUUAUAUUGCCAUGGACACAGAAUUUCCAGGUGUUGUGGUGCGACCAAUUGGUGAAUUUCGUAGUUCCAUAGAUUACCAGUAUCAGCUUCUGCGGUGCAAUGUUGACCUUUUAAAAAUUAUCCAGCUGGGCCUUACAUUCACAAAUGAGAAGGGAGAGUAUCCUUCUGGAAUCAAUACUUGGCAGUUCAAUUUCAAAUUUAACCUUACUGGCUAUGAUUUUGGCUAUAUGGUAAAGUUGCUUACAGAUUCUCGUUUGCCAGAAGAGGAACAUGAAUUCUUUCAUAUUCUGAACCUUUUCUUCCCAUCCAUUUAUGAUGUGAAAUACCUCAUGAAGAGCUGCAAAAAUCUUAAGGGAGGUCUUCAGGAAGUUGCUGAUCAGUUGGAUUUGCAGAGGAUUGGAAGGCAGCACCAGGCAGGCUCAGACUCACUGCUGACAGGAAUGGCUUUCUUUAGGAUGAAAGAGUUGUUUUUUGAGGACAGCAUUGAUGAUGCCAAGUACUGUGGGCGGCUCUAUGGCUUAGGCACAGGAGUGGCCCAGAAGCAGAAUGAGGAUGUGGACUCUGCCCAGGAGAAGAUGAGCAUCCUGGCGAUUAUCAACAACAUGCAGCAGUGAUGGCACCAGGCUCUGCAGGGUGGGCCUGAUCCCAGAGUGGUGCUUACUGUGCUGACUGUGUACUUAUCUUCCCCAAGAGAAAAUGCUUCUUUUGAGCACACUGUACCUACCAUCUGCAUUGAGCAGAAAGACUUUCGUUUUACUGAAGACAAAAGAUGUCUUUAUUUUAGACCCAGAAGAGAGGAGUUUGCUCUGAAUUUGUAAAUAACUCUUCCCCAUUCCUCAUACUCGAGCCUCUCCUCUCUGGUUGCCUCCUGCCACCAGCAUCCAUGGCUCAUUUGACACCUUUUUAAAUAUCCAGGACAAGUCUGAAACAAACUAGUAAAAUGUAUAUAACUCUUACCUGUUGUCAUUCUUUUUCUUUUAAAUUUGUUGCUAAUCUCUGAUAAUGAAGAUUCUUACUCUGAUUCUCAGCUGAGCUGUGAGGGCUUCCAGGGAAAAUGGAACAAAAUGGUGUUCUUAUGUAAUGGGUUGUAGAUACUGAGUCUUCCUUUCCUUUUCUGACCCUUCUCGAGGACAUUUGCUUUCCUCACACUUUUGUAGUCUUUCUUUACAUAUUACUAUAUGGAAAUGAAUUGCUCUGUGCUGAAAUUUGAAGACCAGAUAAUGAAACUGAAAAGCAAACAAUUUUACUGAAUCUGUCUACCCUUCAUUCAUGAGAACUCCAGAAUGAGUGUUGACCACUGAAGCAUCUUUUAAGUCUGUGUUCCAUUGUGCCAUUCAGGUUUGCUGUCACAUAUGCAUCAUCUGAAAUCAUUUGAAAUUUUUGUACAAUAAAAUAUCCUGGAUUUAAUCCUGAAGGAAACUAGUAAGAUCAGAUUUUUGGGUCAUGUCUGUUGUAUUUUCAGUAAUGUGAUUUCAGAUGGUCAUCUGGAUUCUCCCACUUCUCUACUCCAUUUCUCUACUUUUCCUUCCAGCAAACCUGAAACGUUAGGGAGAUGGAUUAAUGUACCAGGAAUGUGUCUUUAAAAAGCUAGAGUGGUUACAUUUAAUCAGGCAGUAAGAUAAUUUGGGUUGAGUUGUUUUGGAGUAAUAUCCCACAACUGGGGUAGGAAGCUCAGGACUUUUUUCUUUAAAGCUAGUCAUUUCAAAAGCAUAUUGUAUUUUUUUGAAUGACUACAGUAUGGACAAUUUCAAAAACCAAAACCCACUUUGGAUUGGUGGAAAUAAAAACUGGUAACUCACUCAAGUGAAUGAAUGGUCUUGCAUUUUAAAAGCUUAUGGAAAACUCAAUUUGAAAUGAUUAGAAAAUGUCAAGUAUUAUAAGCUGGUAUUUAAGAUGCUUGUAAAUACUAUUUAUGUUUUUAAUUUUGUAAAAUAAAGAUUUCUUUUUAACCACUGGCA